UCUUCUUUCUUGGACUUUGGACCAAACAAGAAUCUUAAUUAAAACCUAACUGGCUGCGAUUGAAAUAGGCCCAAAAAUCCAUACCCGUCUCUUUUAUGACAAGUCAGAAUUCAAUGUGGGCUGGGUUGAACCUGAAAACUGAUCCAAAAAUUAAAUUAGGAAGGAAAAAAGAAGAAUAAAAAAAAAAAAACAAAGCUACUCCUGGCCUGAGCUGAUUGCCUUGCCUGGUUAUAAAUCAGCAAAUAUCUGUCAACUGUCACAUGGGAAAAAUGAAAAAUGGAAGACUACCCACAAUCAGACCGUACAUUUUCUCAUCACCCAACAAUCAAAACUUCCUCGUCCCACCUAACAACACUUUCGCGCCAGCCCACCAGUACUAUCUCUCCAACCCAACCGUCACAACUCUCUCCAUUGCUAUUCAACACUUCAUUAACUCAGAUACCCCUUUCCAUGGCCAAAAGAUUCAUACCCACAUUAUAAAAUCUGGGUUUUCACCGAAUACGAAUAUUUCCAUCAAACUCCUUAUAUUGCAUUUAAAAACUGGGUGCUUAAACUAUGCCAGCCAAGUGUUCGAUGAAUUGCCGCAGCGGACUUUGUCUGCUUAUAAUUAUAUGAUUGGCGGGUACCUUAAACAUGGGAAAGUUGAGGAGUCACUUGGUUUGGUUCGUAGAAUGGUUUAUUCAGGUGAAAAGCCUGAUGGAUACACAUUUUCGAUGAUUUUAAAGGCCUCUGCUUGUGGGAGUAAUAGGGUGGUGCUGCCGCGGUUUUUAGGGAGGAUAGCACAUGCCCAGAUGGUGAAAUUGGAUGUUCAGCCUGAUGAAGUGCUUUAUACAGCACUGGUUGACUCGUAUGUGAAGACUAGGAAGGUUGAAUAUGCAAGGACCGUUUUUGAUAUGAUGUUGGAAAAGAAUGUGAUUUGUUCAACGGCGUUGAUCACUGGAUACAUGAAUAAGGAAUUAGUACAGGAGGCUGAAGAUGUGUUUAAUAGAACGGUUGAAAAGGAUGUGGUAGUUUUCAAUGCAAUGAUUGAAGGUUACAGUAAAUCAGUUGAAACUGCUAAGAAAGGAUUUGAGAUUUUUGUUGAUAUGCAACGGUUGAAUUUCCGGCCUAAUAUUUCGACUUUUGUGAGUGUAAUUGGGGCUUGUUCUGUUUUAUCAGCAGUUGAAAUAGGUCAACAAGUUCAAGGUCAAUUAGUGAAGACUGAGUUCUUUAUGGACAUAAAGAUAGGAAGUGCUCUUGUUGACAUGCAUGCAAAAUGUGGAAGAAUUGAGGAUGCCAGAAGAGUUUUUGACUACAUGCCGGAAAAGAAUGUUUUCACAUGGACCUCGAUGAUUGAUGGAUAUGGGAAGAAUGGAAACCCAAACGAAGCGCUUGAGCUGUUCUACAUGAUGCAAGAAUGUUUUGUUGAACCGAAUGAUGUUACAUUCCUUAGCGCUCUCUCUGCUUGUGGACAUGCUGGCUUACUUGCCAAAGGCCGAGAAAUCUUUGAGAGCAUGGAGAGAGAUUACUCAAUAAAACCGAAGAUGGAGCACUAUGCUUGCGUGGUUGACCUUCUGGGACGUGCAGGACGUUUAGAUCUAGCUUGGGAACUUGUAAUGAGGAUGCCUGAGAAGCCCAAUUCUGAUGUUUGGGCAGCUUUGCUCAGUUCCUGCAGGCUGCAUGGUGAUGUACGAAUGGCAAGGAUAGUUGCCAACGAACUUUUUAAGCUAAAUGCUGAUAGUAGGCCAGGGGCAUUUGUUGCAUUAUCAAAUACUUUGGCAGCUGCUGGAAAAUGGGAUGGUGUCAGUGAGUUGAGGGAGGUGAUGAAGGUAAGAGGGAUAUUGAAAGAUGCUGCCUGCAGUUGGGUAGGGACUGAUGGUGGUUUAUAAUGUUUCAUCUUUCUGAAGCCAUUUACAAUUUUUCUUUUGCUGCCGUGAUGGUGCGUGUUAGUAACGUCCGAUGCAGUCACUCCAAAAGCUUGAAUUGCUAUUAACAAAUAUGUUGCGUUGAUCAUGGCUGGAAGAAUUAAUGAUGUUCAAGAAAUGGAAUUAUGAUCAAAGAACAAGAAUGAUUGUUCAAUACCCCUAUGGUCUAUCUAACUUGUGCACAUUGAUGGCACAUCAAACGUGGGAGAUGUCAUUUAUGGGAGGCUUGGUUGCCAGCUUAAAUUAUACCGCGUGGUUUUUGAAUUUAAAGAAGGAUAUGCUGCUUCAUGAAUCAUUGUUAAUGCAUCAUUCUCACCAAUCUGGGCCAUCACCAAGCAUUGAGAUUGAAAUAUCAAACGUUGAGGUUCCUUCAGUGGGCCUUGACCGAAUAAAUUUAAUCAGUUUGCCCAAACUCUCAGGAAAGUGGAUCAAAACCAUAUUUCAAGACUGAUCCAUCAGGAUUUCGCAAAAAGCACGUAAUGGCUGCCCCAAAUUGCUCUUAGGCCUAGCCCUGUCAUGGAAUGAGUUAAUUGACCUUUUGAGUUUUUACUCCUGACAUAUGCUUUUAAUUUCAUUAACAUUAUUUUUUGUGAUAUAACCUAACCAGUAUUGAUAUUUGCACCGUGGU